AUUCAUCGGACCGGACUAGCAGAUUGUCACAACUCAUUAUCAGCGGAGGCGAACCAGCUUGUGAUAGUAGCUAUGUUUCCCACUAGAUUCAGUUUGCUGGUUACCGCAUUUCUAUUCGCCAGUGGUACCUCAACGGUAAUCCACGAUUGCAAUUACUUUCACAACGGUGUGUACAACAUUCGAUAUUGUGCCUUUAGCAAUGUCAUCGUCAUGCACGACGCAGAGGAAAUCGUUUUCCGAUCCGAAUAUCCCAGGCCGUAUUUCUUCGAAUUCAACAGUUCGAAAUUGACGGAAAUUCCUAGAAUUCUAUUCACAUCCUUCCCGGAAAUGCAGAAUCUAGAUGUUGUAAAAAGUCAGAUCGAAAACAUCAAUAAAUAUACGUUCGAACAUGCCAAAGAUCUGCGAUAUCUGAACUUGUCCAGCAAUCAACUGACUGUUCUGAAUAACUUUGCAUUCAAAGGCUGUGAUAAGCUGGUGCGGUUGGAUGUGUCCAACAAUCGAAUUACCGACGUUAAAUCGAACGCACUGAGUGAUGCCUCCAAACUAGAUCACUUGGAUUUGUCCGGCAACUUACUGGAAGUUCUAGAUGAGAAUCUGUUUUCAAAACUCAAUCUUCUAACCUAUCUAUCCAUGGCAAACAACAAGUUGAAAACGUUACCUGAUCACCUUCUGGAUAAUUGUACAAUGAUUGCGUAUCUCGACCUUAGAGACAAUCAAAUCCAGACUAUAGCGGAUAGUUUUAUGAAAGGCCUGACCUACCUUAGAACGCUAAUCGUUCAUAACAACAAGCUAACGUCGCUGACAAUACCGCAGCAAUUAACAAAGUUACUUGCUACAAGAAACCGUCUCUCCUCAAUUUACGCAGUGGAACCAGACAAAUCACAACUCUACGUCCUCAGUUUGUCCAAAAAUCAGCUAACCGGUAUCAGCAACAUCACCAUGCUGGAAUCGCUGGGUGUGUUGGACAUUUCAUUCAAUCCAAUUGGACCUCUUAAUCUGACCACAUUUUUGAAACUAAGAAAGCUGGUGGACCUAAACCUGGAAGCCACCCAGUUAAACCGCCUGGAGUAUGGACUCUUCACACAGCAGUCAAAGUUACGGCGACUGGACAUUUCCUACAAUUUUCUACGCAAGAUUGAUCUCACCGUAUUAACUUCUACACCCGCUUUGGAAAAACUCUUCAUAGACGGAAAUGGUUUGCUGGAAAUCAAUUUCGACCACAUUCCGAAGCUGUUUCCGAACCUCACCUAUCUGGGACUGUUUGCUAACGCAUGGAAUUGCUCCUACUUGUCUAGUUUGGUACAGUUUUGCAACCACAACGGUAUCGAGGUGAGCUCAACAAAAUCCUACGGCGAAAUGCUCUACAUGACCAAUGUUCAGGGAAUUUAUUGCGCCGGUUCCGACCAUGAUCGGGUUUAUUUCCAACCGAGUACGGCCGUUCAGCAUGAAGAUGAAAAUCUAAAUCAGGAUAAAGACCUACAGCUGGAGUUGAUUGCGGGAAACAUCAGUUCGACGGACUUUGAAUAUAAACUAAUGGUGGAUGUGCUGGAGAUGAUUCGAACGGUGAAUGCCACCAACAGUAAUAAGUUGGAAGAGGUACGGAGAAUUGCGUUGGGUUCCGGAGGUGGCUGUACGGCUGCAAUCCAUUCAACCGGCUACCAAGUGUUUAUUAUGCUGAUACUUACGUUCAUUUUGGUGAUCAACGUAGGAUUUUUGCUGUACGUGCACUACAAUGCCAAUGCGAGGCGUGCGAUCGACCGGAUGAUCAUCUUUAGACGAGGGGAAACGGCUUCCGUUCAGACGCAGUUGGAAGAAGAGUUGGCAAGACAGAAAAUUUUGCAAAACAGAAAGUUGGCAAAACAGAAGUUAGACAAGAUAGAAAGUUUGUAA